AUGGCUUUACCCUUUGGUAUACCUCCUUCGCCUGCCUCCCUCACGCCGUUCAAGGUCUCUAUUCCAAAAGCCAAGAUCACUGAGCUGCAGACACUCCUCAAAGUCGCCAGAUUCGCUCCUCACACCUACGAGAAUUCUCAAACAGACCGUCGCUAUGGCGUUGGUACUGAUUGGCUGGUGACUAUGCGGGAUCUAUGGCUACGGUCUUAUAACUGGAAAACCACCGAGGAUCGAAUCAACUCUUUCCCCCAGUUUGAGACUGAAAUUGAAGGAAUCACCAUUCAUUUCGUGAGUCUCUUUUCUCUGAAGAAAGAUGCUGUUCCGUUGCUUUUAUUGCAUGGAUGGCCUGGAAGUUUCUUGGAAUUUUUGCCUAUCCUGCAAAAGUUCCGAGAUGAAUACACCCCAGAGACUCUGCCUUAUCACUUGAUUGUACCAUCUCUACCAGGUUAUACCUUUUCUUCUGGUCCUCCGUUAGACAAAGACUUCGGUACGGGUGACAUUGCUCGUGUCAUGGAUCAAUUAAUGAAGAACCUCGGAUUUGCAAGUGGCUAUAUUGCCCAAGGAGGCGAUAUUGGAAGCCGGAUAGCCAGGCAUCUCGCUGUGGAUCAUGAAAGUUGCAAAGUCAAUGUCGUUUUUAUGAGAAAGCCAGAAGGCGCCACGGACGACAAUCUCAAUGCCUUCGAGAUCCAGGGUAUUGAACGGAUGUAUCAAUUUCAGGCUACGGGGUCUGGGUAUGCCGUUGAACAUGGCACCCGGCCUAGCACCAUUGGCCACGUCGUAGCAUCCAGUCCUAUUGCCCUCUUGGCGUGGGUUGGCGAGAAAUUCUGUGAAUGGGUCGAUGAUCCCCUCUCUCCUGAUGAUAUCCUGGAAUCUAUCACUCUGUACUGGCUUACAGAUACAUUCCCCCGGGCAAUCUAUACUUACCGACAAAACUACCCUGCCCCGCCUAUACCGGCUGCAAAUGAUCCUCGUUGGUACAUCAAGAAACCACUUGGGUUCUCUUCUUUCCCUAAGGAACUUGCUCGACUGCCACGCUCCUGGGUUGAGACAACUGGUAAUCUGGUGUUCUGGCAGCAGCAUCAAAAGGGUGGCCAUUUCGCUGCUCUAGAGCGGCCUGACGAGUUGAAGGCAGAUCUCGUCAAGUUUGUAAACCAGGUCUGGCCUGUUGAGUCUGACAACUAG